UUUUUGCCAUGCUGGUUUUUGGUAAACAUAACCAAUGUCUUUGGGUUAAUCACACUUAUUUUUAAAGUUCACCUGAAUUUUUACUGUGAAUGCAAUAAUACCGUCAGUGUGUAGUGCUAAGUACUGUUUAUUGUUAUAGUUUAUGUUGUAUGAUUGUAUUUAAGUUAUGUGAUGGAUUUAAAGGAAGGAAUAUCUUACAAGUUUGGGCCUAGUUCGAAAUCGAAUGUAAAGAAUUUUAAAACAAUGGAUAAAUCAAGAACAAAUGACAAUUACUUUGAUUCUGUUACUAAAACGUUAUCUCAAGAAAGUACCUUUAAAAGGAAACAAGUGACAGAUAUUGUAAGGACUGAAUUUGAAUUCAUUUCAAAUUUCUUUGAUGUUCUUGACAUAGCUUCCUUGAAUCAAGGUAGGAGGAAUCAUACUGAUGAAGAUAAUGAACAAUUAGAAGUAGCAGAUGUCUCAGAAAAAAAAAUGCGAGGAAAGCAAGGAAUGAAAAAAGGACAAACAUGUACUAAAAUCAAAGGUUUUCCUCAAACAAUUGACGGUUUGGAAAAGGAACUUGAAGAAAUAAAAGGUAAGCCAAUGACUUAUCAACAGAAGUUACGCAAGAAAGGUCUCCAGUCCAGACUAGUAAAGAAGAAAAGGAAGGAAGACAUAAAACAACAAAAAGCAGCAGCAAAACUUCAAAAAAAGCGUUACAAUUCUGUUUUGAAUGGUCCUAAUAAACUUGUUAAACCAGUUCUCAACAGUGAUGGCAAUGUUGUAUCUAACAAGUUUGACUUUGCAGAUAAUAAGACAAAAAAGGAAAAUAAAAAGAAAUCAGUUGCAAGCAGUGAAAUUAGCCUAGAACCCAAAGGUUUCAAGUUAGACAAUCAGGGAGACAUAAAAAGUAGCAACUGUGGAGAAGGUAUGAAAAUAAAUGUGAAUAAUAGUUCAAUUAGCUCUGAAAAAAAUGUCUCUGGCAACCUUAAAGAAGAAAAUCAACAGAAUAUUAUUCGGACAGGUGAAGCAAAUAAAUCUACAUUAAAUGAAGGUCCAAUAUUCAAUAAGGAAAACAAAAUGGUAUUUAGCAAAGUGUUUCUACCUGAAAAUAAACAUAAACCCAAGAAAAAAUGUGUAAAAGAUCCAAAGAAAAUAUUACAAAAGAUUAAGGAAGAUUCUAAAAAGAUUUCAGAGCUUGAAAAAGGUGAUAAAGUUAAGGCAGCUUCACUCAAAGAAAAGCAAAAGUGGGCAGCAGCCUUAAAAAGAGCAAGUGGUGAAAAAGUCAAAGAUGACCCAGAACUGUUGAGGAAAACUAUUAAUAAAGAGAAGAACAAAAAAAUGCAGAGUCAGAAAAAAUGGCAAGCUAGAAUGGAUCGCGUGCAAAAAGAAAAAGAUGAAAGACAAAAAAAGAGAUCUGAAAAUAUUCAAGCAAGGAAAAAUGAAAAGAAAAAGCGAAAAUUUAAGAAGGCUGUGAAAAAAGGGAGCUUUGUACAAGUGUGAUUUAAAAUGUGUAAUCUGAAUAUGAAAUUUGGAUUUAUUUUGUAUGAUUUGCAAAAAAAGUUUUGUAAAUAAAAUGUUAUAUUUUACCA